CGCCCGAACCUGUUUUCUUUUUCUAUCGUUUACUGUUACCUUUGUUUUUAUUCAUUUGAUUCUUCUGACGACUUGCUUUUCUUUUCGCUUUUCUCGGUUUGGUGUGCUGCGGCUCACUCGGCACACUUACAGGCGCCAUGGGAUGAAAUGGGCGUGGAGGCGCGGGCUGUCUAGGACAGUACCAGCAGCAGUCUCUAGCACUACGAGGAUCACGACGACUUCUUAAAAAGACGGAAAAACGCCAAAGCGAAAAUCCAGACACACAGCUUGAAGACAAACAACGACAGCGCUCAGAAAGCAGAAAAAACUUGAGCGAGCAGAAAUCGAGAACCCGGGGCACGCACCGUCUGGGAAAGGCUUGGGGCCACGAGGGCGUGCAUGGUGCAGGGAUCAAGAUUGGGGGGGCCAGCGUAACAUCCCAUCCCCAAAGGGCCCCCAUCCGCCAGUUGCUGGAUCCCCCGAAAAGAGCGUUUUUCUUUACUUGGCGAAAGGGGAUUGGAAGCUGAAAGUACUGCUGCCAUCUCGGGGCAUUUUUCCUUUGGAGAGUGGCUAUGUUGGUGGGCGAAAAAAAGUUUGGUCCUGUGGUUGGCGGAUGGCUCACACACAAGCAGGCCGCCACCAUCACACCGUCAUCUGGGGCUGCAGGAUGAUGAAUGAUGGGCUUUGCUUGGACGCUCCCAAAGACCAGGGUGGGGUUCAUGUUCGGUUGAAGGAUAGAACCGACGAGGGGCGCCGGGCAAUUGGCUUUCUAUUCCAGACGAGUGUGUUGUCGAUGUGUUUUGGAUCUGCUGUUGCGGCCUGUUGCAGCACAUCAUGUCGGGCAAACGCCGAGCACCAGCACCAGUCCAGCAAACGUCUGCGUGUGCCAUUUUGACUAUAAAGUGGAGGGCAAAGGGGAAGACGUUUCCAUAUUCUUUUUGCUCGUCAUUUGAAGAAAGGGACCAAUUUCGACAAGAAGAAACAAUGGGCCGACUCAGGUCCGCCAUGCGCCGCCUCGGCAGCACCAAUUAAAGCCAUUUCGGCGGGCUUGCGGGAUAGCGGGAAAUGGGGCUUGCUCGCCUUGCCACUGGGCGGGAGGAUGGCCUCUGCUGCAACGGCCGCUAAUGAAGCUUGACGGGUAUUUACGACAUCCAGAGGGCCUAUUAGCGGGCUUCGAGGGCGAUUUGCGAUUUUUAUUCUUCGAUUUUGUUUGUGGUGCGACGCCGACGUCGACACUUGUCUGCUUCGUCAUGGCCAUCUGUUAGUGAUUUGCACGCAGCACACACCAAUCUCUCUAACAGACGACCAUGACGAAGCAGCACGCACCCAGCAGAACACCCAGCCAAAAAAAAUGGCCCACCCGCAACAGGCUUAGCGCGUGUCUGGCCGCAGAAACGCUGGGCUGCGAAAAAGUUCAACGCGCGGCGCCUCGCCUUAGCUUGUCCAAAGGGUCACCUCAUCUCGCGGGCAUUCUUUGUUUCGCUGGAACCUGCUGCUCGGCCGUCGCAAGCCACCUCUACGACCCGUCAUUUUGUUUCUUUGCUUUCCGGCUCAUUUUUCAUCGCUUCUUUUACCGCCCAGCGGCCCUGUGCUUGUGGUGGCCAGCCAUUGCGCUCCCGUCGCUUUUCCUUUCGCUGCACGCGUCGACUUUGCCAGUCUACGCUUUUGUCUCCUGCGGACCAGGCGCACGCACUGUGCUACAGCAGGCGACUUACAACGCUUCCCACGCAAGCCGCUAGGUGGACCGCUCCCCUGGAACACACAGUCCGCCGUCGCCACUCUUCGCACGGCGCCGCCAAUUUUACGCAGCAGACGCGGCCAUUCUUUGGCGACCGCUCCUUUGAGAAGCGAUAGCCGUCCUUUGCCCGUCGCGACUCCCCGACGCCAUGAGCACUUGGAUGAACGAUCCCAUCGCCAACAAUAAUGCAAACGGAGUCGACCCCAAUUCCAUAAUGGAUCCCUCAGCUUUCAUGGUCAACCAGGGCCAAAUCAACCCGGCCCAAUUCGCCAACCAACAGCAGCAGCAGCAGCAAGCCCAACCAUCCCAACAGAUGGCUGGCGUCCAGGGCGGCGACGCUAUGCGACACGCCUCCCCGUCCUUCCAAAACACAAUCUAUCAACCAAACUCGGUCAUUCCAUCGAAACGACCUCGCCCCCGCGAGGAUAGCGUCUCUGGUUCGCCUCACCAGGCCCAGGGCAUGCUCCCGCCUUCGCGCUCCGAAACCCCCCAGCAGCAGCAAGGCUUUGCCGCCGCCCAGCAGGGCCAAGGCCAGUUCUCACACUUGCAGACCAAUGGCUCUGCCAAUGCAAGCCCAUCGCCCAAUAUGAGCAACCAAAUGCGGCCUGGCAGUGUCCCCCAGCGAGUGUCGACCGCAUCUCCUCACCCCUUCUCUCCUGGCGGCCAGCAGUUUGGUGGCCAAAAUUCCCCCGCGCCAUCUGACCACGGAACGCCGCAGCCGAACCAGUUCAUGCAAAACGUGCCCCAGGGAUAUAAUCAAGGCUUUGCACCCCCUCCAGGAGGUGCGCGCCCAUCACCCAACCCCAAUGCGAUGGCUGCGUCACAGAUGAUGAACCAGCAGUUGGGACAAUUGCCGCCCGGCAUGAACCCCAAUAUGUAUGCCCAGCUUCAGCAACAGCAGGCGCAACAGCAGCAAGGUCAGGGCCAAGGCCAACCACAACAGCAGCAGCAACAGGCGCAACAGCAACAAGGACCUCAGGGCCAGCAGCAAGCGCAGCAGCAAAAGAUGGCUGCCUACCAGAUGCGACUCCAGCAGCAGCUCCAGGGCAAUAUGCAGAAUAUGCAAAUGCAAGCGAUGCAGGCGCAAGGCAUGGGUCGUGGUAUGAUGCAAGGCAAGCAGCCUAUGCCCGGCAUGCCCAAUGGCCAGAUGCCCCCUGGCGCCAUGCGUCCUCAAGGCCGCCCUCUUGGCGGCAUGAACAAUGAACAAUUCAUGAAGAACCUCGCUGCUCUCAUGGCGGCCCGCGGCCUGCCCUUCGACCCAAACCCUACUAUUGGUGAGCGCCCCAUUAAUUUGAUGAUGCUCUUCCAGGUGGUAAGCAGCAAGGGCGGCUACAAAGCUGUCACGGCCAACAAUGCCUGGCCGCACAUGGCGCAGGCUAUUGGCCUGCCUCUGCAGCACCCGCAGAUCCCUGCCGCUCUCAGAUCCAUCUAUGAGCGCAACCUGCUCAAAUUCGAGGAAGUCUGGAUUGCGCAGCAGAAACAGCGCAUGAUGCAACAGCAACAGCAACAGCAGCAGCAGGCUGGCAGCCAGCCGGGUACACCUCAAAAGCCUAUGCAGCCAGGCCAGCAAAUGCACCCGGGACAGAUGACUCCUGGUCAGCAGCAGCAGAUGAUGCAACAGCAACAGGCUCAACAGCAGGCUCAACAGCAGGCUCAACAACAGGCCCAGCAACAGCAGCAGCAGCAACAACAGCCUCCUCAGCAAGCUCCUCAACCAUCACCACAAGCACAGCACCAGCUCGCACAACAGCAGAUGAUGCAGCAGCAGCAACAGCAACUACAACAACAGCAGCUCCAACAGCAACAGCAUCAACAGCAGCAGCAACACCCCCAACACCCUCAACACCCCCAACAGCAGACACCAAUGAAGCCUGGUCAGCCUCCGAUGAAUGGAUUUGCUACUCCCGGCCAGCAGCCUUCCCAGCCUGGAAUGCAUGGUCAUACUGGAAGCAUCUCCCGUGGACCGAUGGAUCCCAACAUGUCCCAUGAUCCGGCAAUGCAGUCCCCUGCAAUGCAGAGACCGCCUCAGAUGGGAAUGGAUGGCCAGCCUGGCGCCAUGCCACCUCAGGAUGCUCGACCACCUCCUGCGCCCAAGUCGGAAGAAUAUUUCCCAUGCCUGCGAGAGCUCAUGACUUAUGGUGGUCUGGAACUUGGUACCACUAACGCCAUGGGCGCGGAGCUUGAGAGAUGGAAGCCACACGUUCCUCCUCUGAACGACCUCGGUAAUAUCGAUAUUCAAGCCCUCACCAAGUCACUGGAGUGCGGUAUUCCUAGCGAAGUGCGCAUGGCCCUUGACACGUUGAGCUCACUGUCCAAUUCUCUUAACCAGCAUCACUUCCUUCAGCUGCGCUAUUGCGAAGGCCUGGUUGAAGCGCUUGUUGAUAUUGCCGAGGAGCAGCUCGAGAAGCUUGCCGAGCACGCAGCUGAAGUUGCCGACGAGAUUCAGCUCACUUCAUACGAAGAUAUUACAAGGUCGUGCCGCAUCGACCGCUGGACCGUCCGAGACUUGCCCUCAUUUGGGACAGAAGGCUACGAGUUGGACCGUGCUGUCGACCGCCUGAUUUGCAUCACAACCAUUCUGCGAAACAUGUCCUUCCCAGGUGAAGGCAAUGAAAACCACUUGAUCCUUGCUGACGAGGGCGUGAUGAAAUUGCUUUGCGACUUGAUUCGAUACCUCGGAACCCGAACGAUGUUGCUACGAAACAAUAACAACACAUUGGAUUUUAUGAAGGAUGUCAUCAUUCUCCUGUCCAAUAUUGCUGGCUCGAUUGAACUGUCGAGCAAGGAGCAUGCCAUGAGCCUUCUUAGCUUCAUCUUGGCCUUUGCGCCGUCGCCAGGUCCUACUAUGGUUGCUGGAGAGCUUCUCUUUACAACAUACGAGCCCGCUAACCACCCAUACCUCCCUCACGCUAUUGACGCUUUAGCCAAGCUGCUUGCGCGUGAUGAGCCUAACCGUGGCUUUUAUAAGACUAUCUUCGGCUUAGAAAGCGGCAGCGAAAGCAACUAUGACCUGCUUACCAAGACAUUUGCUCUUGCUGUCUCACCGUUGCCAGACAAGUUCAAGGAUCAUAUGCGAGCCCCGGUCUACCCGUCUCUUGUAGAAAUGCGCAAGCCCAUGCUCAUGCAGGGCCUUCUUGCUGCCGAAAUCCUAGCUUUCAUGGCUCCUGGCUUUGACAGCGGCGUCGCGCGAUCAUGGCUCUCCCCUGGCAACGGCCUCGCUGCAAACCUCUCGCGUCUCGUACAAGAGCUCAGCCAGAUGUUUGAACACCCUCACCUGGCUCUCCGCGGCCCGCCACCCCCUCGCGGCACACAGCUCCGUAAGGAUCCCGAGCUCGUCUACCUCUCUGUCGUUGCUGUUACUUUGCUACGAACGUUGGCAGAGAAGGCGCGGGAUCGCAACCACCCCGAGGAGUCGAUACCAAAGAGCAUCCUCCCCGCGUCCAAGGCGCUCAUGGAGGCCUUGACUCUGCAGUCGCCUGAGUGGACCAAGGAAGGUAUGCUGCAGCAGCUCAACUCCAUUGUCAAUAUGGCCAGGUAAUAGGCAACCUGCAAUGAUGGCCAUGUAUUUUUAUACCCGGUGCCUCUUGGCAAGGGGUUUCCUUUGCAACUCUCUCAUCUAGGUGUCGUGUUUCACUGAUGGGGGCAUUGCACCACGGCGCACAUCUGGGCAUUUUACGUAUUGUUUCUCUUAUUUUUUACGAAUGGACCUUUUUUUUAUUACCUCUGUUGGAUAGCAAGGAAAGACGACGGACUGGGCGCGCGCAUUGCCGAUGGAGUAGAAGCAGCGCCGUAGGAGCAAAAAAACAUGUUUUAUUAUAACUGGAAAGGGAGGAGGGGAGACAGACAGAAAAGACGAGGUAGCAAAGCCAUUGGAGCGUAUUUUGUGCUUGUCUUUUACUGCCAUUUAUCGCGGACUCUUUACUUGUUUAUUGUUUUUCUUUUUGCUCUUGAUAUUUGGGCUUGUUAUGUGGCCUCGUGGUUUUUGUAUAUAGGAGCCGGGGGAAAGCAGACAGAACAAAGAUUAGAAAGGAGGGAAACAUAAUGAUACCAUUUCUACAAACUUCCUGCUACCACAUUUCACCGUGACUGUUUUAACCCACUGACUGUCGAAGCAACGGUUUGGUGACAGAUGAGUAAUAGAUUGUGAAUGCUUGAUAGAUUGGUUUUACAUAGUACACGGCGCCGUCUUCAACGCCACUAAGCUAUUUGUACAAAAGUUUCUGCUUUGAAACUCCAAGAAAACAGAAAGAAAAAGGGAAGUGUAUGCUAGAUCCCAUGCAAUGCCAUUUUGCUUUUUUGAUAAAUUGUUCGUUAUUUGCCGCUGAUUAGUAGCCCUUGUCCAUGAGCCAGUUGCAAAUCUCCUGCACGCGGACGCCCUUGACGUGGAUGUUUCCCGUGACGGGGUUUAUCGAGAUCUCGCCAGCCUUGAUGGCAAGGUCCUCUGAUAUUUGGUUCACAAACGCCUUCUUGUCGCCCUCGACCUUGCGGAUCUUGGUAUACACCUUUGUGCCGCGGCCCGUCUUGUACACGGCCAGCUGGCCCCACGGCGUGCGGUUGACCAUGAAGGCGCGGGACAGCAGCUCUUCGCGCGAUGCCGUGGCGUGCAGGGUCGCAGGGCGCUGAUGGGCAAGGUACUUGGACGGGUCGCGCUCCGUCGGCUGGAACAGUGGCUUGUUGGCGUUGAGCUUGCGCGAGCGGCGAGGGUCGGGCCAUGUCUUUGCGUACGGCUUGAAUGUUCGCGGGUCCUUGGGGGGCAUCUUGAACGGCGUUGUGCGGUCCGCAUUGGGGACCAUGAUCGUGCGGAGGGUCGUGAGGGGAAGGAAGGCCGGUUGGCGCGCUGCGGCGAGCGGCCGCGAAAGGAGCGAGUUCAUGAUGUCGAGAUGGAUGCGAGGGUGCGGGCGAGAAACGGGUGGUGAGGGUGUGGUUGAUGGUUAUAAGCGGUCAAUGCGAUGGGAUUGGCAAUGACGAGGUAUAUUAUACAGCGUACAAGCAGAAAAAAAUGGCACUGCAGCAGCCUGGAAGAGGUUGAGAGAUGCUGAAAAAGGGACUAUCGACGUCGUUCGAAAAGCUGCCCCUGCG